AAAUUGCAGUAAUGUUACGUCAGAAAGCUUUUAACUUUAAUUUGAAAUAUAAUCAAACUUAAACUUGUGAUUUACAUGUGCGACCUAGAUACAAUUAUUUUUUACGAAAUACAACAAUUGAUUUGAUUUAUUAAUGUUUUAAGCGAAAGCGGAUGUGGAACGUCGGGUUAGUUUUUGUCGUCCAACGAAACUAUUUUUAGUCACACGAAUGUAAACAGUCGGGUUUUUAAUAACAGUCUUUUACAUGAGGUGGAGAAUUGUCUGGUGAAUAUCAGUUAUCGCUGUUAUGGCGACACACGCGGUUCUGUCGUCAGGAGCGAAGAUAUGGAGAUCUAUAGCUUGUCCAAACUCAGAACUGCGCCUCGAUCUCACUCUAGCUUGUGGACAGUCGUUCCGCUGGAGAGAGACCUCAGAAGGACACUGGACUGGUGUGAUGAAAGGACGGGUUUGGACUUUAACUCAGACGGAAGACUCUUUGUGGUACCACGUUUAUGAAGAUGGUCAGAAGACAACAGGUCAUGCUGCUUUAUGCCCAGAGAAAAAUAGUAAAAGGCCAAAGUUAAAAGGUCAUUUAAAGACAGAAGAGGAUCCAGUUGCUGUCACAACACAAGGAGCCAAGGAAGAGGAGGAAAUGCUGAGGGAUUAUUUCCAGUUAAAUGUGAAGCUGGGAGAUCUGUACCGAGAAUGGGGUAAAGCGGACCCCCACUUCAAUAAUAUUGCAGAUGUUUUUACUGGGGUUCGAAUGUUGCGCCAGGAUCCAACUGAAUGCUUGUUUUCCUUCAUCUGCACAUCCAACAACCACAUCUCUCGCAUUCAGGGAAUGGUGGAGCGACUGUGUGAGGCUCUCGGCAACCCACUCUGUACAUUGGAUCAACGCUCCUAUCAUGACUUUCCUUCAUUGCAUUCGCUUAAAGAUUUUGGUGUCGAAGCUCGCCUACGAGAACUUGGUUUUGGAUACAGAGCCCGGUUCCUACAACAAAGUGCAAAGCAAAUUUUGGAAAACCAUGGGCCUGACUGGCUUGAUGGUCUGAGAAGCGUUCCAUAUGAAGAGGCACGAGAUGCUCUGCGGUCUCUCCCUGGUGUUGGAACCAAGGUGGCUGAUUGUGUUUGUCUGAUGUCACUGGAUAAAGCAAGUGCAGUUCCCAUUGAUACACAUGUGUGGCAGAUUGCAAAGCGGGACUACAAAUAUUCCUCUGGCAAAGAACCAAAAAGCAUCACUGAUAAACUUCAUAGAGAUCUUGGAGACUUUUUCAGAAAGCUCUGGGGUCCUUAUGCUGGUUGGACUCAGUCAGUCUUGUUUUGCGCUGACUUGAAGAAAUUCCAAAAUUUGAAACAAAAGCCACACCUGAAGAGGCCAAAAAAUGAGAAGGAUGAAGAAGAGGAGCAGUUAGUGUCGUGUGAGAACAUGAAACCCACAAUAAAAAGCAAAAAGACAAAUGCGUCUGCCCGGAAGAAGAACAUCAAGUCAGCAGGUGUAGAAAACAGUUAACAGUGGUAUCGGAAGUAAGCCAGUAAACUUGUAGCUAAGACUACCAGGUCUCAGUUAAUUCAUGAUUUAAAAUGUAAAAAAGGAUUUUACCAUAUUUUAUGUGUUUAUGUGUCUUCACUUGAAAUCUGUGCUGCAGCUUUUUUCAUGAAUCAAACACUGUUGUCAUAAAUAAUACGAGGUGUUUUUUUUUUACUUUAGUUUUAGACAUGCAGGCCACCUUUACAGCCACUAGAUGGCAGUAGUGAUCAAAUCACACUAGCAAGUCCUGGCUUUCAAAUUAAGAGCUAACCUAAUAUAUUCCAGAGCGGAUGCAGUUUGUCAGCCCCUCCAGUUAUUAUGACUGUAGGAGCCGACAGGGUCUGACGUCUUGCCUGCAUGUCUUUUCAAAGGUCACCGGGCUCUAUGGUGACGCUGCUCAGCAUGCUCCCAGAAUUCAUGUCUGAUCAUAUGGUCGGUGGGUGGACGGCUGUCUGCGUGUUUAUCUAUAGCAUGAGUUGACUGUGUCAGCUGCUCUUUUCAUAGUAGGGUUGCAGUUAUCGCCUGGGCAUCUUGGGGUUAUUGUGACUCACCGUGGUGGCUACUUAAACAUCUCUUUUGGGUGAUGUGUCCUGGAGUUGCCCCGUUGUCACACUGGAGGGAAAUAAAACCAAAUUCUUUCAAAUCCAUUAAUGACAGUAGGAGGGUCUGCCUGUUCCAAUUGAAUGCAUUUAGUGACAUCUGUGCUGGAGCGAGCUGACACGACAUGCAUGAAGCUGCAUCUUGGUGCAUGCCUGCUGGAGUAUGACUUUGUGCAGCCAUGCAUGCCGAUGAGAGUGUGAGUCAGCUUUCAUCUUUGCUCCAGUUAAUCUGGACAGAAACAGGGUCCUGCUUGGAGCAGAGUUAAAGUGAAGAUGGGAAGUAAAAAUAGAGCCAAGAGAACUGGAAGCUAAAAAUGGGAUGGAAAGGUGAUGGAGAGGGUCAAAGUGAAUUUAUAAGGGACCUCAUGCAUUAAUUUCACACUAUGUAAACGAGAGGAGUGGGGUGCUAUGUAAGACGUGGGACUCGGCUUGUGUUAUAACGCUCCAAAAUUUGUCUUUUCCGUUUGAUGAGAAAGUUCCUGUGUGUAAGUGAAAAUAUUUCUGAUAAUGUUGAUGUUGUGCAGCGCUAUUAUUAGCAAUACAAACUGUUCUGGGGUAAAUUAUGAGGUUAAUAACUGGAGGGCCGAUUAAAUAUGAUGGGAUACGUUUUCUAAAAUAGCAAAUCAAAUGUUUAGAAAUGAGCACAUCAUUUUCAAGUGACUCGCUGGCAAACUUAGUUAAAAGUCCCUGACUUAAAAGAAGAAAGUGUUUUCCACUGUGGAAUACAUGUGUUUAUACUGGAGAUGAACGUGUGGAUUAGAUUUCGUCCGAUAGCAUGACCAAAAAUGGGUAAAUAUAGGUCUAAUGUUGAUUCACCUUGGAUGUGGUGAAACCUGAUGCUGCUCUCGGGUGGGAAAUCUGGGAAAGCAGUCUCCACAUGGCAGUGUGUUUUUGGGGGCCCACGGUUGGGGGGAAUACUCUUUGGUGUCUAGACAACUAUGGGUUGAGGUUGAAGCCACACAGCGAGACUCAGGAAGAGAACAUUCAUACAAUCAGAUAGAAUUAGAUUGUGGACUUGAUCAAGUCUUUUUCUUUCAAGUGAGGCAGUGAAACAAUUCCUUGGAUGGAGUUUCAGAGCCCAGAUUGGGAUCAAUUGAAAGUGGAAUGUAUACACCACAUUCCUGGACAAAGAUGGUAUAGAAACAUUAUCCACAGUACAGAUGGGCGUGCCGUGAGUAGUUUUGGUCUGUGUCACUGCAGCGAGCGCCAUCCUUUUAUGUCUUCUGUGGUCUUUCCCUCUCACUUUAUUUACAGCACACUGAGGGAUUGCUCAUAAAUUCAGUGGUGACGGUGAAAUAUGUUCAAUAUGUACGCUGGAAAGACUCAAGACUCGAUUACAGAGGUCACCCCCAAAUGAGCAUACAACUACUAAAAAUACUUCACAAGUUGAUGGAA